AUGACGUCGUCGAAAGUUACAGACUCAUUGAAAGACUCUCUCGAAGUCAGUUGGCUCGAUAGCGAGAUUGGUGAGGCUGGUAAACACCAAGCAAUCAAGUCCUAUUGUCAAAAUAUUUCAAAACUUAUUUCAAAAUGGAAUUUUUUUAAUUCUGGCGACCAACUCAACAAUCAUAUGGAAAUUUAUCCAAAUGUGAAACUGAUUUCGAUUAUGUCUGGUAGAUUUGCCCGCCAAAUACUUCCACUUGUAUCACCUCGAGAAAAUCUCCAUAGUGCCUACGUUUUUACCAUCGAUAUUGAGAAAACUAAGAAAGCACUGGGUGUAGAAUCCAAACUAAAAGGAAUAUUCAAUGCAGAAGACAAAUUGUUUGGUCAACUACGAAAUGAUUUAUCCGCAUUGUUUUGGGAUGAAGGGAAAAGACUUGUUGCGUCCAAUCGCGAUCAAGAAGCUGCUGAGUAUUUUGCUGAAUCCCAACGUUUAGCAAAACAAAUCGAUUGA